GGACAGUAGCACGUGACCUGUAGCCCUCCUGAUCAGGUGUUUAUGUCCCAAACCGAACCUUCCUCUGCGCGCGCGGUAUGGCGGACAGGGCGGACGCAGAGGUGGAAGAAGCGGACCAUGUUUACCUCCUCAUGAAGGAGGACUACCGGAUCUCCAGGAACGUGCGGCUGGCCUGGUUCCUGGGAAGACUCAAUCAGGUGGUCUGGCCGUCCUCGGCGCCAGAGGUGCUGAACUCAGAAAAUGAGCUGGACCUACUAAGUGUCUUGCCCAAAGGAUGGCAGCUGGACCUGUCCCCCAGCACCCGCCCCUGCAUCCUGAAGCCCUCCACCCGGGCCACCUUUUUGGCCCGGAGGUACCGCUUCAUCAUCGAGCUGGACCUGAGCCCGUCCACUGGGAUCGUGGACGAUGGCACCGGAGAGAUGAUCUUUGACGAGGUGUUCCACGCACUCUCCAGAUGUUUGGCUGGACUGGCUCAGCCCUUCAAAGUCCCCGGAACCAACCAGCUCUUCCAUCCCAAGAUCUUUAUCACCAUCAUGGCAUACUCCUCCAUCAUCGGCCUUACCUCACACCAGGUUCUGGUUCAAGGGUGUCAGCUGGACAGGAAGCACCUGAGCGAGUUCCUGCAUCAGAUCUACCAGCAGCUGAGGGCGCUGGAGAGCAGCAUCGCAGAGGUCCUACAUCAGCAGCAGGAGCAGCAGCUGAAGGAUGCGACCCACAGCAGUGGUCUCCAAGGCAACGGCACCUCAGAGGAGCUGCAGCAGAGCACAUCCAUGGUGACGGCUGACGUGGGUCUGGUCAGCAUGAUUCGUCAGGGGAUCCUGGCCCUCCAGCUGCUGCCACCCAACUCCAGCGCAGGGAUCAUCAUCAUCACUGACGGCGUGACGAGCGUUCCCGACGUGGCUGUUUGCGAAACUCUGCUGAACCAGCUCAGGAGUGGAACUGUGGCGUGCUCCUUUGUGCAGGUGGGCGGGACUUACUCCUAUGACUGCAGCUUCGGGUACAUCCCAAACGUUGAGCUGAUGAAGUUCAUCUCGUUGGCCACCUUCGGAUCGUACCUGCCCAGCUGUCCGGACCUGGACCCCGCCGGCCAGGAGAUGAACAUCUACCACAAAGCCUUCCUGACUUACUCUUUCCUGAAGACUCCAGAGUCCCUGAACUCAGAGUAUUUCUGCGUUCCGCAGCAUAAACUCUUCAACGAGCACCUGGUGUCAGCCAGCGGCAACCCCGCCCUAGUGAUGAGGAGGAAGAAGCACACGGAAAAGGAGGUCCAUGCUCAUCUGGUCAGCGUGGUGUCUGUGCGCCUGCGGGAAGGUUACACCAUUAGAGACGUCAGCCUCACCAAAGGAGGGACACAGCUGGAGGUGAAGCUGGUUCUGCUGUGGAAGCACAACAUGCACAUCGAGUACCUGGCCACGGCGCCAUGGCCGCUGGACCCCUCCAAGAGGAGCACCCGGGUGGAGGUCACGAUGGAGGGCAGCUACGACAUUCUGCACGACAUCAGCUGCACACAGAGGAAGCCUAUCACCAGCCCCUUCCGGACCUCCGUCAUCCGCCGCUUCUGGAACACCCUGCAGAGCAUCAACCAGACCGAUCAGAUGUUGGUGCAUCUGCAAUCCUUCAACUCAGUUCCUGAGAACUACACUAUCCCAGAGAGCACCAAGAACGGAGUGCCCCUGUUCUACAUCCCCCCUGGAUCCACCACUCCGGUUCUGUCCCUGCAGCACAGCGGCUCCAAAGACUCCACUCAGGUCCAGUUUGCGUCGUACUGGAAGCCCAUCCUCUCCAUGGACGCCACCUUCUGGCAGAGAUGGCUGCACAUGCACCGUAUCGUGAUCAUCCUGGAGCACGACCUGCCUGUACCCAAACAUUUGCACACAGCUGGGAACAACGGCCGCUACAGCACUAUCCAGUGUCGCAUCUCCCACUCUGCGCUGACGUCACUGCUGAAGGACUGCAGCAGCUUUGUGCUGGUAGAAGGUUACUCCUACGUGAAACUCAUCUACAGCUCCUCCGACCAGCCCCCCACCUCUUUUUACUUGGUCCGUGUCAUCUCUAAGACCCCCUGCAUGGUCCUUCGUCUGGGGUUCCCAAUCGGCACACCGGCCUUUGUUAGAAACAAGAUUGUGGAUGAGCUGCGAGAGCAAAUCCUGAAGCUCCGCUUCCCUCACCGCAUUCAGAACAAAGAAGCCACACCCAAAACCAAGAGGAAGAUGGUGGGCCACCCGUCCCCAUCCAAAGUGACCUCAUCUCCUGCAGCUAAGCCGGCCCUGUCAGACAGACCGUGUGUGGUGGUGCUUAGCAAGCCUCUGGAAAAGCUGCUGAUUCGGUACGAGAAGCUGCCUCUGGACUUCAGGACUCCCUUCAUAUUUAGCCUGGAGAACUUCUCGCCCCCUUCUGGCAGUGGCACAGCUCUCAGCAUGGCAGCCAGCCGGACUGCAUCCUCCACCCUGGCCUCGCUGUCGCGCUACUUUCUGCACCAACGCUGGGUGUGGGCGGUACAGAGCGGACACGGAGCGGCCGUCACUAUGCAGGCUAUCGCGCACAUCCUGUCCAUGCUCUCUGAGGUCCGAAUCUCAGAGGGCUUCCACUUUGCUGCCAGUGUGGAGGGCAUCAUCAACUUGGUGAUGGAACUGCCCAUGCAGGUAACUUCAGGGACAUCCGACUCAGAGAGCCACUCCUGCACUAUUCAGUACAUCCUGUUUCCUCCACACUCCACCUCCACCAAGGACAGCUUUUCAACUGAUGAGGAUAACGACACUGAGGUGGAGGCUGUGGAGCCUGACACCGAGCUCAACCUGGUGACGGAGUGCUGGGUGGAGCCACAGAGCGGCACUGUAGUCAGAUGCACAGACCAGAACCGGCAUUUCCAGGGCCUCCAGUAUCAGGAGAUUCCUCAGGCUAUCUUCCCCAAAGACUUGGCCUGCAUGUCCACCAUGAUGACCUUCGAGUACCUGAUCCAGCUGUGUCAGAACAAGGAGCAGGUCUGCUCGCUGCCAGCUGCUCCUCAGGAUACGCAUGGGGGGGUCCAGGCUUCGGAUGGCAGCGUCCACACGGUUCCCUUCCAGUUUGACCUCAUUCAGCUACUUCCAAGCUGUCAGCAGGUGGAGCUGUUCUUUCUCACCUUCGCAGCAGCUCCAGAGACAGAGGAGCAGCUUCACGGCACCCCCACCUUACCCAAUGAACUCCUGCUCGGCCUCCUCCACAACAGCCUCGAGCACGAGCUGAGCGACAGGGAGGUCCCACUUGGGGCUGCUGACCACGCCGCUUUCAUGCAGCACAUCUUAUCACGGGAGCGGGACGGCCACGAGGCUCCCUUUGCUUUGCCCCCCUUCAAAGAAGGGGGAGUGAAGCUUGCAGAGAGGCAGGACACGGUGACGUCUGUGCACACCCCGGGCAGCAGCCGGGAGGUGAUGGGAUCCACCAGUACUCUGCAGAGUUUCAGCAAUGAAGAUCUGGUGGAAGAGGACCCCCUGCUGCUUCAGAGGAGCACCUCCUCGGCUCAGUGGAGGUGCUACGUCAAGUAUCUGAGCCCCCUGCAGCUCCUCCUCACCUUUCUGCCUGCCAGCUUUGCAGAUGUUUUGGUUUUGAUGGUGGGGGACGCGGAUCCUCGGAGCAACACAAGCAUCCAGGAGGACGACACCUUGACCCCCAGCAUCAGGUCUCAGACCGAAUCCCUGUCCAGCUCCACCGGGGGCCUGCAGGGUUCUGAGUCCGGCCUGGGUCCAGCCUGUAAGCUGCGGAGACGCUCAGGCAGCAGGUCCCCUCUCAUGUCUCCUCAAUGGGAGGGCCCCGCCUCAUCUAUGGAUCCCCUAAGUCUGGACAACGACAGCAUGGACUGUAGGCCGUCUGACUUGGACACACGGACCUUCGUCUCAGAUGUGGGAGGAGAAAAAGACGGUGUCCAGUUCUUGGAGCCCCCUAAAGCAGACCUGCACAUCAGCUUCAGCAGGCAGGAGUCCCAGCAGAGUGGCAGUGAUGGCAGCUCGCUCAGGUGUCCCAUUUACGUCUACAACUGCUCGCUGGAGCACCUGAAGGAGCAGCUGGUACACCCCCACGCCAGCCGGCAGCCCCCAGACAUCUUCCUCAGGUCUCUGUCCCAGGACCGCAGCAGUCUGUCUUCCUGGACUGAUCUGCUUGCUCUGCCCCACAAAAACAAAGAGCUGGUCACCUUCUGCAACUUGCUGCAGGAACAUUACCACCAGAGCUACGUGAAGGGUGUGUACCGCAGUUUGCAGCAGUCCUGCAGCAUCAGCUCCCAGGACGUCCUGAUGGCCAUGGACUACUGUGAGGAGUCUCUGCAGGAGAUCGACAUCACCGCCUUCCUCCAGACCCUCUGUGGACACAUUCGGCUGUCUUCAGAGGGCGGUAAGCUUUUGGCGAGGUCCCACAGAGGCCCCGCCUCCUUCGUGAUUGGAGAGGGGGAGGAGCAGCAAGCAGAGACCACAGUGGGAUUGUCGUCCUCUUUUAGUGUUGAGGUGGAGGACACAGGUGAGGCUGAAUCCACAGAAAAAGCAUCUUCUCCCACAUCUCCACCCAUCCUGAAUGAAACCAGAACCCAGGAGUUCCCUCUGGUCUUGCUGCACACAGAACCAGACUGUGAGGUGUAUCCAGAUCUGCACAGCAUCAUCCAGGAUAAAUUCAUGGAGAUUCUGUCCCAGCAUUUCCAGAGUGUUCCCUCCAACCCCCACUACUUCUUCUACUGCCCCCCAUCGUCCAAGAAAGAGGAGAACUCUGAGGACGAAGAGUUCCAGCAAAGACCUGAAGGGGAGGUGGUGUCGGAGGCGGAGCCCGCCACUGAGGACGAAGCCGCCCCCAUCCUGACGGAGAGCGACACAGACCUGGUGGUGGAGUAUGAAGAGCAUCUCGCCGCUAACUCUCUUGACGAGGGCGACGAGCGCUCCCUGUCAGACUCCAACACUGUAAACCAGGACCAGGAUUCUUUUAGCAUCCUGGAGGGGGACUCUUUGCUGGACGCCGAAUGCCCGCAGCUGGACCUGCCGCCGCUCUUCGUCCAUGUCACCUGCUCGGUAAACAUGAAGAGCAGCCAUGGCUCCAUGCCUAUCCGCACACUACCCACCUGCCUCGGGGAGGUGUUCUCCUGCCUGGAGAAUCCAGAUGCCCUGCAGUCGGUUGAUCUGAACGAGCUCUCCGUCACUCUGGACAUCUUUGUUCUGACACUGCCGCUGGAGAUCGACGUCAUGACGGAUUUCCAUCACAACAGGUACACGUCGGAGAGCAGCGUGUCCCUGAACCGCUCCCCGGGACAGCCUUCCUCCUACCGCUCUGACGAGGAGCUGAUGGGGGCGCUGGACGGCCCAAGGGGGGCGGGACUUGAUGGAGUCUCUGCUGACCCGCUAUCCAAACUCCCACCUCAGCACAAGUUUGCAGUUCUGGCCACGAUGGACGAGAUCCGCUGGCUGCUGGAGGAUGAGAUCGUCUCCGCCCUGCGUCACUCGCGUGUCAUUGACUCAGCCACUUUACAGAAGGUUGCAGAGCAUGUGUCGCGCUCUAGUGGGCGGAGCCACUGUCACCGCGAGGAGGUCCCACUCCAGUUCGUCUUUGGACCCGAACAGUCUCUGGAAAAUUUCAAGGAGGAGUUCUGCAGAACCUCCUUAUGUGGCUAUGUGCUCAACAGAGAGCCACAUGGAUUCUACUACGUGUCCCAGAAAAGACUCCGCCCACAGAGGCUGAUGGAAAGCACUACGAAACCACCCCCACCCAUGGAUCCGCCCACAGACGCCCGUAGCUCUGAAAGCCACAUGGAGGAGGCGGUGCUGGAAAGUGAAGUGGACAUUCUGGCUGACAGCGAGAGCGAGGACAGGAGGUCCGCGGGCAUCGCUGCAGACGUUUCAAGGGAGGCGCUGGCAGAAUCCAGUGAAGUGAUGGGGCCUUCAAAGCUGGAGGGGGAGGACAGUGGCAGCGCCAGAGACAAAUAUCUGGCCGGCAGUCUCCAGCUUGAGAGUGACGGUGGCGCUGAGUCAGACCCCACCCCCAAGACGGCGUCCAGUGUUAGCCUGGCUGAGUCCGUGCACUCGUCCUCCAACACCAGCAUCAGACUGCGGCCGAGCCGCGUGCAGAGCGUGGUCUCCAGCCAAGGUAGUCUGGACUCCGACAUGCGGGGUUACGAUGGCGGUAGCAGCGACUCAGAAUGCGAGAGUCCCGCCUCUGAUGAUCAAGAAUGCCGGGCCCCACUGAUGCCUGACUUUUGGCUGAUUGUGAAGAUUCACCAGGACAGAGUGAAAGUCUACUCACACGCCAGGUGUUCGUCAGUAGGCAGGGAGGAGCUGGAGAAGAAGGAGGAGGAUCAGGAUGUACCAGAGUUCUUGAAGCUGCAUCAGCUUAUGGUCAGGAGGAUUGGAGAAAUCUGUAGAUUUGUUAACCAGAGGAUGCUGCUGCAGGAUCUUCAUGACAGCCACGUGUGCAACAGUCUGCUGGUGGCUGAGAGCGAGGAGGACAUCUGGAAGAAUGAGACUCUAUGCCGGCAGAGUCUCAACACCUCUGAUGAUUACAGCACAGAGGAGAGCUACCAGGCCAGAGACUACCUUGCAGCCACCAUGCAUUUCAUCCCGGGACACUUCGCCUGUGACGUGGUGUGGAGCACCAUCAUCCACAUCCACCCCCGCCUGAAGAUGGGGCCCAACAUGGGCGUGUCCAGAGCCAUCCAGGCACUGCGAUCCGUGCUCAACUCCUUCUGCGUGGUCAACAGGAAGAACAUGUUUGUCUAUCAGGAGCGGACCACCAAAGCAGUCUUCUACCUCAGGCUGUGUGAAACCUCACUAGCAGGAACCGUGGACGCAAACCCAUCCCGAUGCAUUGGGCUCGCCCGCAGUCAGGAGCCGUCCCCUGCAGAAGACCUAACGGGCUCCAGAUCCUCUUUGGAAGGUUCUCGGCCUGUUGGACAUGUGGACAAGCACAUCCUGCUUUUGGUGCACGGCGUGGGAAACGCAGGUCCGGAGAUCACAGACGAGCUGGUGAAGGUGCUGCGGAAGCGCCUGGAUGAGACCACACUGGACAUCAUCACGGUGAUGCUGGUGAGGAACUGCAAGCUCACGCCAGCAGACGUGGAGUUCAUCCAGCCGUGCGGAUCUCCAGCCACAGAAGUGAUGACCUUCAGCCUCCCGCAGCACUGCCUCACCUGGCUGUCACCCGUGGCUCAUUACUUGAGACAGAACCUUCUCAUCUUCCUGCACUUGCCCAAAUACACGGACAGCAACACGGCGCACCACUUUAAGCAUUAUUUCCGUUUGAGCAGCGAGUUGGCGGAUGGAGACAUCUACCUCUACAACAAACCUGGGGGGCAGGGAACUGGAGGGAAAGGUAUUGCAUGCAUCGCCCUGUCCUUCAUAGACGGCGGGGGUCGUCCCAUUCAGGCAUCAGCUCCGGACGCCUCUGCCCUGCAGAAAACGGAGUCCUGCGGCGCCCCCCUGUGUCCAGAGUAUUUCCAAGAGCUUACCGCUGUGCUCAAAGUGGGAGCUGUCGGUGCGAGUCCAGCUGCAGAAACUCGGCUGUUUGUGCGCUUUGACAUCUGGGAACAGGGCAACAUCAGCCCCCUGCAGCUGAGCGACAAACUGCAGGGGGCGCUGCGCCACGCACUCUGUGAUGCUGUGAUGGAGCUGAAUGUCCUGCCGAAUCCUCUGUGUCUUUCUGUGCCUGCAAUUUGUUCUCACAAGGAGGACGCCAAAGGAGCGCUGCUGUCUACUCCCGAGGGGAAGGAGCUGAAGGACAGUGGGAGGACACGCAGUGGCUCCAGGGUUUUUAAAAGUAGUCCCGCCCCCAUCACCCUGAUGCAGCCAGCAGGUGGUGCCCCGGUGGGAGGGAGCACCACGCCCGACUCCACCACUCCCACCAGCAAGACCACACGCCGCAGCUUCUGGGGCAUCCUGAGUAAGCCAGACUCUGGGGAGCUGAGCAGCCCAAAGACCACCGACGACAUCGUCCAGGAGAAGGGAGAGGAGGGGCGGGCGGCUCGGCGGCGCCACAAGACCGAGAAUGUGAAGCAGCAGUGGAGCCAGGAGAAGGUGGUGGAGCUGGAGCAGGUCCAGAGGAAGCAAGCGUCUCUGCUGGAGGAAGGGGAUGCUGGCUUUUUGCACCCGAUCUACCAGCACACCUGCCAAGCCUGGAUCACCUUCAUGACUAAUCUGGGCUGCCCGUCCAUCCAGCAGUGCACGGCUGAGAUGGCCUCAAACUUCCUGCUGCCCUCCCUCCUGUCAGAAAUCGUCAACCUGGUCUCUUCUCUGGCCAGCGAUACGACAGUGAAGGUGUUUGAGAAGAUCAGCUCCUGCAGCUGCCCCCCCUCAGGAGACAUGUUUGUGCCGUUCCCUGUGGUCCAGGAUCUCAGCCACCCUCCGGACUCUUCAAGGAGCUUCAUUCUCAUUGGUCGAAACUUCCAUCAGUGGCACUGCAGCACGGAGCAAGGCGACAGUUCAGAUGAGGAAAGCUCUCCAGUGCUAAAUAGGUUCACACCUCAUAAAGGCUUCCAGCGGUUCGAGGCUCUGGAGCAGAACGACUGGGCCGGUCCUCUCCAGGCCGGGGCGGGUGUGGCCCCCCGCCAGAGGUUCCUCUUCAUCACCGUCCUGGACAAAAAGGUGGUGCUGCACAGCUACAACUGGUCUGUGGAUCUGGGCUCUUCUCUGAACCGGGAGCUGCUCCGGCUCGUCAGGUGGCAGAACGCCCGAGCCCACGUGGUCCACUGCCUGUUUAACCAGAAGAUGGGGCUUUUUCAUCACUACUGCUUCUCCGAUGCUCCUGUCCACGACGUGGAAUCUAAGCAGGAUCCAAACCCGUUCCUCGGUCCGUCCAUGGAGCCUGACGCGCUGCUCCGGAGCGCUGUCCCGCCUCCCUCCAGUAAAGAGCCGGGUCGAAUGGGGGGCUCCGGUCGCAGUCUGGCCCCCCUCCACUUCCCCUCUGAGCUGCUCCCCUUCGAUGAGGCCCUAAGGGACGUCUGCACCAUCCGUCCCCUGAUGGACGGGGACGUGGUGGCCCGGCACGGGGGCCAGCUGCUGGAGAUGAAAGCUGCUGAGCGGAGAGAAAUGGAGAGGCAGAUGAAGAUUGAGAACCUGUUCGUGACCUGGCAGCAGAGGUCAGCGCAGUCCAACAUGCCCAUCUCUGGCAUGGAUCUGGAGAUCCUGAAGCAUUCUUCAAGACUCGUCCAUUACUGCGCCACGCCUCUGCUCUUUGACCCCGCCUUUCGCAAGCAGAUCCAGGAGGAGCAAAGUGGUCAGGCUCUGAAGAAGAGACACCGCUCCAACGACUCCACGGCAUCGGGUCGGGACCGCAGCUAUAGCACAGAUUCCGCAGACAUGCUUCCCAACCGGCUGAAGGAGGAGCCGUGGUUGCUAGACAUCUGCAACAGCUUCCUGCAGCAGUACGUCCAGUACCUGCAGAGCAUGGGCUUCAUCCUGGUCCAGGUCCGGCCUCACUCUCCAGCUCGCAGUAUUGCCCGGGCUCGUGCUGCCAUGCUCAGUUCCAUGUCUUUAGAGGGAAGAAUGUCCUUCUCCUACGUGAAGCACAAAAGCGAAGACAGUCCAAAGGUAGUCGCCCCCGGCACCGCCUCGUAUCACCUGCAGAGGGCACUGCCAGGCGGGAUCGUGCUGAUGGAGCUGUCGUUUCAGGGGUGUUACUUCUGUGUGAAGCAGUACGCUCUGGAGUGUUCCCGCAUCCCUAUGGGUCAAAGUGUCAACUCACAGGGCAGCCUCAUCUCCAAACCUCGUUGCAGGCCGUUUCCAGACUCCAUGCCAGUGUCUGACUGUGCGCUCUCCAUGCUGUUCACUGAGGAGUGCGAUAAGGUGCGGGACCUGAUGCACGUCCACUCCUUCAGCUACGACUUCCACCUGCGAGUGGUUCACCAGUACUUGGUGGGUUCCCACAUGACGCUCCGGCAGGGCUACCAGCUCACAGAUUUCCUGGACGACUUCAUCUCCCAUCACCCGGACAUCCCCAAAUUUGGCCGCAAUCACAUCUUUCAAGGAAGCCUGUCUGUGUCCACGGGGAUGAUAACGGGCCACCAGCUCUACAACUACAUCACCGAUCAUGCCAGCACCUACGGCAUGAAGCCCCUGCGCAUGUCCAAGGCUGCAGCUGCUGCAGACAGUAAGAGAGGACUGCCCGAGUACGCUCUGGUGGAUCUGUGGACCAGCUCGGGUUCUUACAAAGAUCUGGAGGGCCUGCAGCACCACGAUGACUUUGACGUGUCUCUGGUGGUUUGUCACAACGCUGCUCCGUUUGAGGAGCAGUCCGACAAUGAGAAGCACCUGCUCAGGUUGCGCUUCUUUAUCAUCAUGACGAGCCAGAGGGAGCUGUUUCCCCGCCUCACCGCUGAUAUGCGCCGCUUUAAAAAGCUUCCUCAGAUCUACCGCGAUACCGCUGAACCAGGUGGUCGAGCCCCCCAGGAUCGAGCAGAGGCUGCAGGGCCCCGAGGGGACGAACAGGAUCUUUGGGAGGAUUCCUCCUCUGAAGUCGCUAGCGCUUCCACUCCGAGUGAUGGCAACGAGUUCUAUCCGCUGAGAGGGGGGAGGCUGGAGGCUCAGGGGCUGCUGUACUCCUGCCCAUUGUUCCCGCUGCUCAGCAACGAGGUGGCGUCGGCCCGCAAGCAGAUCCAGGUCAACGUGGAGCAGGCCAUGGGUCACUGCCGCCGGGACAACCUGUGGAAGAGGCUUUUCCAUGGGGAACAUGCGGCUCUGGCCAAGCUGUCAUUCACUGAGCUGGAGGAGCUGCUGGAGGCCGUGCACAGCCAAUCAGUGGGGGAGAUCGACCCCCAGCUGGACUGCUUUCUGACCAUGAGUCCGGCCUGGUACCAAAGUCUGAUCAAAGUCCUGCUGUCCCGCUUCCCGCAGAACUGCCGGCACUUUGACAACAGCGGCGUCCAGUAUCUGGCGGUUCUGAACCAGAAGUUCACCGACUGCUUUGUUCUGGUAUUUCUGGAUAAUCCAUCUGGGAAAACGAGUUUUAAGGUCGUGUUUCGGGAGCCUCUGCCGGCACAGCCUGCUCCGAGCAGCAGCCCCCCCCCUCAGCUGGUGUCCAUGUACCACCACCUGGAGUCUGUCAUCAACACAGCCUGCUAUAACCUAUGGACCGGGCUGCUUUAGAGCCCACCCGGGCUCAUGUUGGCGUCUUGAUGCACCAACAUGAAUGCACUCAGCUGAAACUCCAAGAAUCACUGCUUGUUCUUUUAAUGUUCAGCCACUGAACCUGUGCAUGAACCAGGAUCCAGUUCUCACCUGUACAGCUUAGUCGGUGAAAUGCACGUUGGAUCUGGUGCCUUCAGGAGCGAAGCAGGGCGAUUCGUUUUCACCUCACUGCCUCCUCAAGUGCCUUCCUGUCUGUGAAUUGAACUGUCUGAGGUCACUUCCUGAGCCAGCCAGUACCCAAAAACGGUUUAAGCUUUAGGUUUGAUCCAAUGACCCUUGUGGGUGCGAGAGGCUCUCUUUGAUCCGAUGUUUGGACUGAGCAGAACCGGGUCUGUGGCAUCGCAGCUUGUGAGGCUCUUGGAGAUCUAUUCCAGCCUGUACAUGUGUAAAUAAAGAGCGUGCUCUCAGUC